AUGGGUGACGAUGAGAAAAUCGCGGAAGUUCGCGAAAAGAAAGCGAAAAACGUUAUGAGGGAGCUGAAGAUCCAGAAGCUGUGCCUCAACAUCUGCGUAGGAGAGUCUGGUGACAGACUUACUCGUGCAGCUAAGGUGUUGGAACAGCUCACCGGUCAAACCCCAGUGUUCUCAAAGGCGCGGUACACUGUUAGGUCGUUCGGAAUUCGACGAAAUGAAAAGAUUGCUGUGCACUGUACCGUUCGUGGUCCAAAAGCGGAGGAAAUCCUUGAGAAGGGGCUCAAGGUGAAGGAAUUCGAGUUGUACAAGGAGAAUUUCUCGGAUUCCGGCAACUUCGGCUUCGGAAUACAGGAGCACAUCGAUCUUGGUAUCAAAUAUGAUCCUGGAAUCGGUAUUUACGGUAUGGACUUUUAUGUAGUCCUUGAUCGUGCUGGGCGUCGUGUUGCUAGACGGAGACGAGCCCCUGGUCGUGUGGGCCCGUCUCACAGAGUCCAUCGUGAAGAGUCAGUGAAAGUGGUUCCAACAGAAGUAUGA